GAAUUUCUUACCCUGAUUCAUCAUAUCAUCAUAUUCACUUUUGGCUACCGGUAUCAGCAUGACUCGAGGAGCGUUCACCCCUGUCUCGGCCAGCGCCGAAUAUUAUAACCUGGGCUCAUUUAGGCAUCCUAUUACGACAGCCAGCCCCGACGCCCAGGUUUGGUUCAAUCGUGGCCUUAUCUGGGUCUACUCUUUCAAUCAUGUGGAGGGUGCAUAUUGUUUUGAACAAGCGAUCGCCCACGAUCCCGAAUGUGCGAUGGCCUAUUGGGGUCUGGCAUAUGCCGUUGGUCCGAAUUACAACAAGCCAUGGGAAAGAUUCGACCAAGGUGACCUUCACACGUGUGUCCAGCGUGGCUAUGACGCCUCACAGCAAGCAAAAAAAUACGCCGUCAACGCAACUCCCCUGGAACAAGCCCUGGUCCAAGGGAUCCAACAUCGAUUCCCGACCAACCAUCCUGCGAAGGAUUAUGCAGCCCUGAACAAGGGCUAUGCCGACGCCAUGAAGCCAGUAUACGAAAGGUUUGGCCACGACCUUGAUGUAGCGACUAUUUAUGCAGACGCAUUGAUGAACGUGACCCCCUGGGCCUUAUGGGAUUUGUUCACCAGCCAGCCAAACCCUCAAGCUCCCACCAUGGAGGUCAAAGCGGUGCUGGAGAAAGCACUUACGCAGGUGGAAGAUGGCGCAUAUCUUAAUCCCGGAUUGCUCCACCUGUACAUCCACUUUAUCGAAAUGUCACCUACUCCGGAGCUGGGAAUCAACGUUGCCGAUAGUCUACGUGAUCUCGUUCCCGACGCCGGCCAUAUCAACCACAUGCCAACGCAUUUGGACAUCCUGAUCGGUGACUGGCGGCGCUCUGUUGCCUCAAACCAUAAGGCAACUCUUGCGGAUGAUAAGUAUUUUCACAAGCAAGGGGCUGUGAAUUUCUAUACUUUCUACAGAAUGCAUGACUACCACUCCUUGGUCUACGCGGCUAUGUUCGCGGGUCAAUCCAGGGUUGCCCUUGACGCGGUCACCCGCAUGGAAUCCACUGUGCCCGAGGAAGUGCUUCGCAUUGAGUCCCCACCUAUGGUGGACUGGCUGGAGCAGUUCAUGCCCAUUCGUCUACACGUUAUGGUACGUUUUGGUAUGUGGGAAGAGCUCAAGCAAAAGGAGCUACCCCAUGAUCAAUCACUGUACGCCGGUACUACUGCCACCACUCAUUAUGCUAGAGGCAUUGCAUUUGCCGCCACUGGGGACGUGCCGUCAGCCCGAAAAGAGCAAGAGCUCUUCAAGCAAGCAUGGGCCCGGGUUCCCGAGACCCGUCGCGCAUAUAACGGCAAGGUUGUCGACGUGCUUAAGGUCGCCGAAGCUAUGCUAGAAGGAGAAAUCGAAUAUCGCUGCGCCAACUACACACAGGCCUUUGAUGCCCUGCGUCGCGCCAUUGACCUCGAGGACAAAUUGCCAUACAGUGAGCCGUGGUCGUGGAUGCAGCCUGUUCGCCACGCCUACGCUGCUUUACUGAUGGAGCAAGGCCGCUUGGAAGAAGCUGCAAAGACAUAUCGUGCUGACUUGGGCUUAAAUAAGUCUGUUAUCAGACCUCGCCGACAUCCGAACAACGUCUGGUCUCUCCAGGGAUAUCACGAGUGUUUGAUUCGUCUAGGAAAAACAGACGAGGCUGCAAUGAUUGAGCAACCGGUUAAACUUGCCCUUGCCGUAGCAGAUAUCCCGAUCAAGGCAUCCUGCUUUUGUCGUUUGGAUACCUCCCAGGCACCUGAGAUCAUCGGCGGAUGCUCUUCGAAUGCCAAAUGCUGUUGAUACGAUUGGCCUUCUUCUGUCUGUGCUUGGCGUUCAGAAAUGGUUCAACACUUUUCUAGAUGGCUCAUAACAUAGAUUUAUCUCCGCAUCACUUCACGUUUUACGCUCAUGACGUAUGUUAUAUAUGACAGCACAAAAUUGGCGUCCUGUUCUUUCAUAGUGCAAUAUAUAGAAAC